GAAGAACACAAUGUUUUCGUCCACUGUGUACCAUUACAUCUUUGUCUAUGCUGUGUACAUCGUGUGAAGUCCUCAAUGGAUUUCAAAGGAAAUUUAUCGUAAAAGAUAACUUUUUACAAACUAUAGUUUUUCUAGAAAUUGUGUUACACGCAUAUGGCGGUUAUCGACCACAGUGCAGUUUCGUAAAGUGACAUUGACUUAAUCCAGAAUGACUGAUAUGUGCUAGCCAUCUUCAUCUUCCUAGCAUUUCCCAACAAAUGUGUUGAUUUUACUCGGAUUUUAGUGUGUGUGGUGAGAUUACAUGAAGCUAUGCAAUCCGUUGAGAGUACGUGUUGUGUUGUGUCAGUGCUUAGCUCAGAUACAGGUGAGCGUUUGAGUUGUAGUGGCAUUAUAAUACGACAAGCAGGGGUGGUAAUAUGCAGUGGGGUCUUGUUUGGUUUCCUGGAUAAGCAAUAUUGUUUCUCGUCUAAUCAGACAUUUACCUUACCAUAUGACACAGGACGGAAACUUAAUAUACAGGUGGAAUACCACGAGCCAUGUGUUAAGAUGAAUGAAUGUUCUGGUGAGCCCUAUGCAGCAAGUCUACUAGAAAAUCCUGUGUCUAGUCAUAGUGCUGAACUUUUAAUGAUGGUCAACUGCCCAGAGUUUCGCUCAGCUAUCAAAAGUUUAUUCAGAGAAGCCGACAAGUGGAGCUUGAUAGAAGUUGAAGAUUCUGGAAUGAGAAACUUUGACGUGCUGUCUUGGUUUGCUGUGCUAGGAGUGCCACAGUGGAAACGUGACAGUGUUGUUCCCUACAUGAGGAGCGAUGCUUUGAGGAAAGGACGCACGGUCAUAGCCUGUGGUUCUCCGUUCGGGUCCAUGUGCCCAGACCUCUUCAUGAGCACUUUGAGUAAGGGCAUCGUGAGCAACCUCUUCGGAGAGGACAAUGUCGUCAUUCUGACAGAUGCCAGGUGUUUGCCUGGGACAGAGGGUGGCGGAGUGUUUGUCAAAGGCCAACGACAUGUUUACCUUGUUGGCCUCAUUGUUGCUCCCCUAUGCUGGAGGUCCAACGACUGGAUUGGGUUGAGUCUCGCGUGCUCAUUUCACGUCAUUCUCAGGAACAUUCGCAAGUCAGCCGUCUGCAGUCGGGAGCUGCAAGAAAGCGUCAGAAAUAUCUCCAGUAAUGUUUCCAGUAAAGCAGACACAGAUUCUCUUCUCGAAGACCCAGCCAUCCAUUCGGCCGUGGCGUUGGUGGAGGUUGGCCACUUGUGGGGAUCUGGAGUUUUGUACAAGCAUUUAGUUUUGACAUGCAGGCAUGUGGUGGAUGGGAAAUCUGUGGCCAAAGUCAAAAUUCAUGAGAAUGGCAGAUUUAAUACUGUGACUGGGCAAGUAGUAUUCUCUACGGAAGCAACAUCUCCCUAUGACAUCGCAGUGAUUCAGAUCAACACUGAAUCUCCAGGGACAUCCAUUCCACGGUUUGCCUCCUAUUUCAAACCAGGGGAAGAGGUGGUUGUUGUCGGCUAUGGCGCAUUCGGCAGUGCCUGCGGACCCUCCAUGUCUGCGGGGAUCCUCUCCAGGGUGGUGAGCCAUCGCUCUCAGCCUGUGAUGCUCCAGACCACGUGUGCAGUACAGGCUGGGGCCAGUGGUGGAGCGGUGCUUCGUGCUGACACUGGAGAACUCCUUGGUAUUGUGUCCAGUAACACGCGGGACUUUGUGGCUGAAGUGACAUACCCUCAUUUAAACUUCAGCAUCCCAGUGACUGUGCUGGAGCCUUUGCUAAGUCUCUUCACCACGACGGGAGACGCAAACGUGUUUGAAGAACUCAACAGAGUUGAGGAGGGCGUCAGGACUGUGUGGAGACUGCAGAAUACUCAGAGCCGACUGUGAUCAUUCCCAGUGCCUUACUGAAUUGUAUGUGCCUUAAUAGUAACCCUGUUUUUAAACAAACUAUACUGGUUGUCUUUGAUGUACUCGUUGCAGUUUAAAUCUGGAGUGCUUUUGUCAUUUGUGCAACUAAGAACUAAUGACGGAUAUACAACAUAUGGCUCAACUGAGUUACCUCAGUGAUGCUAAAUGCCCUUUGCCUCAAACACCUUAACACUGAAUGUAUACAUAGUGUGACAAGUCGGAAUGUAGGACUGCUAAUGAUGGAUGCUUGUAUGGUGCGGCCAACCUUACCUUCCAAGCACGGGCCUUUGCCAGCAAGGUCACAUCUACUUUUGACUAGCACAGAUUCCACACACCACAGGUACACGGUGGUGGGUAAAGUCCUGCGCAAAUCAUAAAAUGACAAAGUCCCAAAGCUUACGUCCACAGAGGGCCAAGCAAAUCCACAGUGGCCAAAAAGUCCAUCCAUAUUACAGUAGACUCCACUCUCUUGGUUCCCGCACUCUGGUGCUUCCAAGUGUUUCCUCUCAUCUGUGACCCUCUGACCCUUGUAGGCCCAGAGACCCAGAGGUUAUUUGGCGCCUCCGUGUGGAUUGUACGUCAGUGUGGUGUCUAUUCUAAAUGCAACAUCCUAACAUCAGGUUCUAUACACCUAUGGCCAGACCCAACCCCCCCCCCAUGCAGAGACUUACAAAGACAAGCAGGCACUGUGGAUCCACUACUCUUUUAUUAUCAAACAGUAUAUGUGACGGUUCAUAUUGAAUUUCAAAGUUUCAUUUGUUUAAUUUAUAGUGCCCCAAAUGGAACCGACAUAAUCAGAGUAUCUACACAAUGAACCACUAGACCACCUAAGAAAAGAAAGAAAAGAAAAGAAGAAAAAAAUUGCAUAAUAAUAAUAACCACACUGUGUAAACUAUGACGUGCUGUCUUCAACCACCAAUCUGAGCUCAAGACCUCGCCAUUACUGUAGGUAACAUGCACUAUGGUCCAAGAACGCACUGCUCUGGAAGAACAGAAAAUAACGGUCUCACAUAGGAUAUGCAUUAAUUCAUGUUCAUGCAUAGAAAUACAUUAAUACCCUACUGUCAAGAGGGGAAUGUGUGAGUGUCUGAACAAUCUGUAUAGCUUUCUUUCCUCUAGAAGCCUGGAUAGGACAGAUAUUGCCCUUAUUUGUUCUAAGGGAAUUCACUCGUCAUUCAUUCAAAGACUAGCAAUUCAUGUCAAGCCAUGCCAAGUCAGAGAUGCAAUACUAUUUCUAUGGCUGUGGCCAAAUUGACCAUUGCAAUCUAAUUCAGAGUACCCCCCCAUCUGAUGUAAGAGAUAAGGUGAUGAAUACAUACAAGUUGAAUUUUUGUGCUUCAAAUUAUGUUCAACAUGUGAAUACUCUUCCGCUUCUAUUGACAGUGGCAUGGACAUUGGAAUUUGACGUAUGUCUAUUAUCUCUGAAACCACAAGGUAUCAAUUUUGUAAUUAUUUGACGUUCUUGUAACACGUUUACAUUAGCCAGAGUAGUGGGGAAGAAUAAGAGUAAGUUCUAAAAGAUAGGCUUGACUUAUCAUUGCUUGUUCCUAAUCAAUUAAUCUGGAUUUAUUUGUUGUAUAUUGGUAUUUGCUGUAUAUCAUGCGAAUAGUGGCUAAGAUCAACAAGCCUUUCUGGAGAAUACACUUUGCCUUUAUGUUCAUGCAGACCAGGCCCACAACCAUGCUGUUCAUCCGAUUAUGACUUGCAUUUAGAUAUUAUAUUGUUCUCAUUCAUUUCAGGUAAACUUUUGUUUUAUUGGUCUGAUAAAUAUAUUAUACCUGUACUUUUUAUUAAGCUAUAAUUGAAAACCAGUACAUCAACAUCAGUCUUGGUAUGGUUGUGACCAAAUAUAAUGGUUAUAAUGGUUGUGACCAAAAAGUCUGGCAAGGUGCUACCUGUAAUAAAAAAAAGUAUUUAUAAUUUGUUUACAAA